AUGUUCGAGCACUGUGUAAAGUCCAGGAUCCUCAGUUUGUCCAAACACAACUGGGCGCCGGUUUUGGACUCGAAGCAUUCGUAUGUGAUGUUUGAGUUUUUGGAGAUCUUGAACUCUUUCAAGAACUCAAGCGUGGAAAACAGGUUGUGCAAAGACUCGUUUGUCACUUUCUCACAGCCAUGCAGGUCGAUCUCAACAAGGUUUGGACACCGGCUGACCAGCUCGUUGACAACCUCGUCGUCAACGUUGUUGCAAUCGCUCAACUUGACACGCUUCAACAGCGGACAACUGUGA